UUCCUACAGUUAAAAGUUACUUAACUCAACCACAAUCUCUUAUUAAAGGAACCGGUUGCCAAUUCUGCUCCAGCAGAAGAAAAUAAGGUUUUCCCAAUGGACCCUCUAGCCAAAUCAAUCAACCAAUUUGCCUUGGACUUCAGCAAAAAGCUGGCUGAAUCGGCUGAGGGCAAAAAUAUUUUCUUUUCUCCCUGGGGCAUCUCGACCUCGUUGGCUAUGGUGUAUUUGGGCACCGGAGGUACCACGGCCUCCCAGAUGGCCCAGGUGCUUCAGUUUAGCAGAGACCAGCACAUCAAAUCUUGUCCUGAAAGUGAGAAGAAAAGAAAGACGGAAUUCAGUUUGGGCAAGGUUGAAGAAAUACACUCUCACUUCCAGACACUUAUCUCAGAAAUCAACAAUCCCGGCAAGGCUUACAUACUUAAAACAGCCAACAGGAUAUAUGGAGAGAAAACCUACCCAUUUCACACUAAAUAUUUAGAAGACACGAAAACAUACUUUGGUGCAGAACCACAGUCUGUUAACUUUGUGGGAGCUUCUGGACAAAUCCGAAAGGAGAUCAACUCUUGGGUUGAAAGUCAGACUGAGGGAAAAAUCCAAAAUCUCCUACCUGAUGAUGCUGUGGAUUUUGCAACGAGAAUGGUUCUGGUGAACGCCCUUUACUUUAAAGGAAUCUGGGAACAUCAGUUUUUAGUCCAAAACACCACAGAAAAGCCUUUCAGAAUAAACAAGAGUACAAGCAAGCCAGUGCUAAUGAUGUCCAUGAAAGAAAAACUUCAAGUUUUUCACAUUGAAAAGCCACAAGCCAUGGGCCUUCAACUCUACUAUGAGAGCCGUGAUCUCAGCCUGCUCAUACUGCUGCCAGAAGAUAUCGAUGGGCUGGAUCAGCUGGAAAAGGCCAUCACCUAUGAGAAGCUGAGUGAGUGGACCAGCGCAGACAUGAUGGAAUUGUAUCAGGUGCAGGUGCAGCUCCCCAAGUUCAGGCUGGAAGAGACUUACGAUCUCAAGUCAACCCUGAGCAAUAUGGGGAUGAGCGAUGCCUUUAACCAGAGCAGAGCUGAUUUCUCAGGAAUGUCUAUGGACAGAAAGUUAUUUCUGUCCAAUGUUUUCCACAAGUCUUUUGUAGAAAUAAAUGAACAAGGUACAGAGGCUGCAGCUGGUACUGGGAGUGAGGUGAGCGUUCGAACUCAACUCCCCUCCAUUGAAUUUAAUGCAAACCACCCAUUCCUCUUCUUCAUCAGGCACAACAAAACUGGGAGCAUUCUCUUUUACGGGAGAUUCUGCUCCCCCUAGACCAUGUAUCUUUCUCAUCAAACAAGACCAUCUUCCGGUGUGAAAA